GCGAUCUCCAUUCCAGUAUCGGUAACGGUUGAUGCUAGAUAUUCAGAAAGGCGCCCUGUCAGUUUUUGAUUUUACGGUCGCUCAUUUUUCUGUUGUUUAAAAUGGCAACCAAUAAAAUGAUUGAAGCUGAGGAAUUGAAUGCUCAAAACAGUAACAUUGAUAUGACGAAUGAAGAGUUGAGAAAAAAAUUAGAAGAGGAUGCUUGGGCAAUUGUUAUUGAUGACUGUGAUGACGAUGACGUCGAAAAGUUUAGCGAUAUGUCAGGAAAGCACAAGAUUCUCCAUAUUAUGAAAAUAAUCGGGAAGAUAUUUGGAGUGUUAGCUACGUUAUACAUUUUUGUUUGCUCUUUGAGUCUCAUGAGUUCGGCGUUUCAAAUACUUGGUGGAAAAACUGGAGGCCAGCUUUUCAACAAUGAAUAUCUGAGUAACCCGAUAACUGGUCUCAUCAUUGGAAUUUUGGUGACCGUAUUAGUUCAAAGUUCUUCAACAUCGACUUCCAUCAUUAUAACUAUGGUUGGGGCCGGAAUUUUGAACGUUCACGAGGCAAUUCCAAUCAUAAUGGGAUCAAACAUAGGAACGUCGGUUACAAACACCAUUGUUUCCUUGACACAAUCGAUGGAUCGAGAUCAAUUUCGAAAGUCAUUCGGUGGUGCAACUGUUCACGACAUGUUCAAUUUUCUGAGCGUAAUAAUACUUUUGCCUUUGGAAGUACUAACCGGCUAUUUGGAAAAAACAACAGAAGCAAUCGUUUCAAGCUCUAAUUUAAACUCUGCUGGUGGUGAAGGACCUCCCGAUAUGUUAGAUGUAAUCACAGACCCACUAACCGAACACGUUAUACAAGUCAACAAGACUAUCAUCGGCUUGAUCGCGUUAGAAGUUCCAUUGGAAGCAGACGCUUCAAUGAUAAAGGUGUGGUGUGAACAACAUGACGCGACUAUUAACGUAACGUACUCAGGAAACAGCACCCAAUGUAAUUUUACUGCGACAGAUUGCAACGUGGAAGAAACAGUACUAGUUGGAGUAGAAAAAUGCAACGUACACGACUUCAUUUUCGCCAAUACUGGGAUGACUGAUCCAGCUGUCGGGGGAAUUAUUCUGAUUUUAUCUUUAUUUGUUCUCUGCGCAUGCCUCGUCAUGAUGGUGAAAUUAUUGAGUUCUAUGCUAAAAGGAAGUGUCGCGCGUGUGAUAAAGAAAGUUCUCAAUACAAAUUUCCCGUACCCAUUCGGAUGGAUAUCUGGCUAUCUUGCUAUCCUCUCUGGAGCUAUUCUUACUUUCGUGGUGCAGAGCAGUACUGUUUUCACCUCAACAAUGACUCCGUUAGUUGGACUUGGCGUCAUCAGCCUUAAGCGUAUGUACCCGUUGACACUUGGUGCAAACAUUGGCACCACAGCAACUGGAAUCCUUGCCGCAUUUGCCACAGAAAGCGACGCUGGAAUGAUUUACGCAUUACAACUUUCUCUUUGUCAUUUCUUUUUUAAUAUAUCCGGGAUUUUAAUAUGGUAUCCAAUUCCGAUAAUGCGAAGAGUCCCUCUGCGAGCAGCCAGAUUCAUGGGAAACACGACUGCCGAGUAUAAAUGGUUCGCAGUGCUCUAUCUUAUCUUUGCCUUUUUUCUUAUUCCAGGAGUAAUUCUAGGCCUUUCCUUCGCAGGGAUUUGGAUCAUGGGGGGGUUUCUUAUAUUGGUGGCAGUUAUUGUAAUAUGUGUUAUUAUUCUCAAUGUGUUGCAAUCACGUAAGCCAGAAUGGCUUCCGGAGUCAAUGCAGACGUGGGAGUUCCUCCCAGCGCCCUUGCGAUCAUUGCAACCAUACGACAAAGUGUUUUCUAAAUUUUUGCUUUGUUGCAAAUGUUGCAACGAAGAAGAAGCAGAAGAACAAGAUCCACCUUCAUAUGAUAGUUCCAUGGAAAACAUCUCUGUUAUAGAUGUGGACUAUGAAAAAUCAAUUAUCAAUUCGAGUGGUGCUACUCCGAUACUUUCAGAAAAGCAAGGCUUUUCGGAUCAUUUAUAUAUUCUUGAAAACUUAGGGAACGAAAACCCAGCAUACAACUCUGAUGACACCACCACACAGUUAUAAACAAAAUUAAUUUGACGUUUCUACAUGUUUUAUUUUAUGUAUAGUGUAUUAUGCAAUAAUAUAUUUUUUAUUAAAUUACAAUUUUCUUUGAGCUUUCUCCA